AUGCCGAGUUCUCCAACCACCGUUAGCCUCGAAGAUGCCGAGUUUACCACCAUCUCCACCGGACGAGGAAUGGACAGAGAUCGCUGCUCCAGUCUCUACCGUGUGGUCGGUGGUCCGAUCCGACGCUUCAACAACCCCCAAGCCUACAAGUACUUCGUCAAGAGCUGCUGCAUCAUCGUUGGGGACGGCGACGUCAGCACCCUCCGUGAGGUCCAGGUCAUCUCAGGGCUUUCGGCCAACAACAGCAUGGAGAGGCUGGACGUGCUGGACGAGGAGAGCCACGUCAUCAGCUUCAACAUGUUGGGUGAUGACCAUAGCCUGUUAGCUGAGGCUAGACCUUACUGUGAUUUUGGUUAUGAGAUGGUAGGAAUUGAUGAGUGA